AUGCUGGUCAAGGCAGAUGCAGCUAUUGCCUACAGCAGCUCUGUCCUCAUCGUGACGCCCGCAACGUCCCACAGCUUCACCCCCCGCUUUGCGGGGGUUGGGGAGAAGGCCUUCAACCUCACAUGCCUCCCGGACGGAAUCAUGCCCUACGUGCACAUUGACAAGAGCACGGGCACCUUGACCGUGGACUCCAAGAUUUCCCCCGAGGCCUCCGGCAUCACGGGCUUGCAGGUCCCGGGUCUGGAGGAGGUCUCCGGAGGCAUUUGCCAGGUGGCUUCUGGGAAGACCGCAUUGCAGAUUUUGCUGCUUGCGCCCUGGACGUGGCCGGCCAUUCACUACGCUUCCACGGACCUCCGGGUCACUGUCGGUGAGUCACUACAGCCGGUCUUAGCUCAAGGCACUCAGAGCCCAGAGCUUACGGAAGAGCCAGAGGCCCGGGUGCGUCCCACGCGCUUCGCCAUGGCCUGCGACACAGACAAGGUUUUCAGCUUCGAGUUUGACGAGCUGACGGGCACCGGCUUCCUCAAUGGCUAUCGCGUGCUCUCCAUGGACCUCUUUACCGGUGCACUGGCUUUGGCGCCGGAUGCCAACCUCACGAAGGUCUUUGAUGGGGUCCUUGCGGCGGCCAGAUCAAGUGCAUCCUUGCAGUGUGAGGUUCUUGGAUACUUCGAGUGGCAGGCGGGCCUGGCAGUCCCUCCCAUUUCGGGGGAGAUCAACAUCUCCGUGCUGGACGACACUUGCUGGAAAGAAGUGGUGGCCCCGCCAAACUCAUCGUGGCAUCGUGUGCAGACCCCCAACCUCGGCAACGAAGCCGAAUGCCGGGCUGCGUGUAGGGCUUCCCGGGCCUGCGGCAUUUAUUCCUACCGUCAUGGAUCGUGCGAGUUUUGGUCUCCGUGCGGGUUGCCUGCCAAGGGUUUCUGCACGGGCAUCCCGAAGGCCUACGAGAAGAUCGCGAAUUGCAAGGAGAGCGAUACCUGCCUCACGGUGCAGGACCUGCAAGAGCCGGUUUGGCUCUACGAAGGUACGUUUUGCCCUGUGGGCCUCAGCUUUCAAACUGUCGAUCAGCUCGAGUGGGCCUACCAGAAGAGCGUGAUCACUGUAGAGGACAGCUUCUAUCUCCAGGCACCCUUCGAAACGGACUUUGGACAAUGUCCAAUGGGGGCGCUCUGGCUUCGUAGAGCGAACGCCUCGUGGGACUUCCUCAACCGCACCUCCAACUAUCUGGAGCUGUACGGAGAACGCGUGGCCUGCCUAAGCGGGGCUCAAGGCGACCUGCUACAAGCUGUCUUUGACGUCGGCACGCAGAACAUCACGGCCAGCGAGAAGACCACCGACAUCGGCAAGGGGAUCCAGCUCGCACUUCGGAGCCAGAGCUGCAUGCAGCCACCAAGUGAGCGCAAAGCCGAUGGUGACGAGCAGGGGGACGAGGAUGAUGACAAAGGCUCCGACUCUGCGUCUGCGUCCUCCGAUCCCUCUCCGAUUCUUUGGGACGACCCUUCAACCGAGACACCUUACGAUUUCAGCCUGCAUCCCUGCGAGUGCUUUCCCAUGGCCUGGGGAGCGAAGAGCCCGGUAACCUCACAAAGCUUCCAAGACGUUCCGGCGGGUAGUGAGAACCAGUAUGUGCCCGCAAGCAUCCCCAUUGUUCGAGGCUCCUUCGUUUGCGAGCAGCGUUACCUCCUCAGCCCCGUUCAGUAUGACGGGAGCGCCAGCAUGGACGAUGACGCAUGCCAGGCGCUAUGCCGAGGCACCAGCAGCUGCGCAUUCUACUGGUUUGGACACCUGGGCAAUGUCGCUCAGUGCCGGCUGUACUCCGACUGUGAUGCCUUGGUCCGUGUCAUGGGAGCGUCAGGGACGCUGUCAGCCCUCCCGCCUGAUGCUUUCCUCUGCCACAGGGCAGAUCCGGAAGCCUGUUGGGCCAUCAGCAAACGUCGAGAGUUUCUGCAUGCGCAAACUGACAGCUUGGACUCAGACCCCACAGGUGCUUUGGUUGCGCCUACGCCGAGGCCGGGGAAGCAGCCUGGCAACACAAAAGGCCGAUGCCUGCUAGCUUCGCCACCGGAAGCCAGCUCUUGGUAUCCUGUUGGCAGCAGCGCUACGCACCAGUAA